UUCAGUCGUUCGAAAACAUUUUAACGGAAAACAACUUAAAGUGCUCAAAAAAAAAGAUAAAAUAUUUAAAAAUAAAUAUCAACAUAUUUAAAUCAUAAAAGAGAAAUAAAAAUAAAAUGCAUAAAAAUAUUUUGGCUUUAAUCGGUAUUUUCGCUCUGUGUCUAGUGAACAGUGCUAAUGCCAUCAAAUGCUAUCAAUGCAAAUCUCUGACCGAUGUCAAUUGUGCCAAGGAAAUGAUCGAUGAAAAUUCAAACAUUAGAGUCGUCGAUUGUGAAACAGUACCUAAGCCCAAUUCAAUGGAACAAUUUAUGCCAGUAACCAAAUGCAACAAAGUUAUAACAAGUGAUAAAGCUGGUAUUAUUGUUUCACGUGACUGUCACUUCCAGGUGGUAGGUUCAAAAUCGGAUGUCUGCACUGUGUCUCACAGCCGUGAGGUUGAGAAAUGUCAUAUUUGUAGUGGUGAUUUGUGUAAUGCCUCCUCGGCUGGCCGUUUUAUGGCCAUCGGCUUGGCCUCCAUUUUAGCUUUAGUUUCUAUGCAUUAUGUAUUCUAAUUUAAGUUUUUUUUUUUUUGUUAAAAUUACGAAGAUUUUUGUUUUAAAAUGUUAAUUUUUGUGGUUUUGUAAAUAUUUGUAUGAAGGGAAAAUAAUUAAUAAAAUAAAUCAAUUAAAUUUUUA